CAAUCACCACCACCGGCACCUGUGCAAUCACCACCACCGGCACCUGUGCAAUCAUCACCACCGGCACCUGUGCAAUCAUCACCACCGGCACCUGUGCAAUCACCACCACCGGCAUCUGUGCAAUCAUCACCACCGGCACCUGUGCAAUCACCACCACCGGCACCUGUGCAAUCACCACCACCGGCAUCUGUGCAAUCACCACCACCGGCACCUGUGCAAUCACCACCACCGGCACCUGUGCAAUCACCACCACCGGCACCUGUGCAAUCACCACCACCGGCACCUGUGCAAUCACCACCACCGGCACCUGUGCAAUCAUCACCACCGGCACCUGUGCAAUCACCACCACCGGCAUCUGUGCAAUCACCACCACCGGCAUCUGUGCAAUCAUCACCACCGGCACCUGUGCAAUCACCACCACCGGCUCCUGUGCAAUCACCACCACCGGCACCUGUGCAAUCAUCACCGGCACCUGUG